AUGGACGAGGCCAUGCAACCAUGCCAGACCAUACAACAACGCCUCGAGACGACAGUCAAAGAACUGGUUUUGGAUAUCCGAGCUAUUACGGUAGAGAGGACGCCGACGACGACACCCAGAAAACGGAAGGCCGCAAAGGCGCCCCUCUCCCAAGAGUACGUCAAUGAAUCAGAUGAAGAGUCGGACGUUGCCACGCCGGGGGAUAGUACAGACAACUUCCUGCAGUUAGGUACAUUGAUGGAUGACAUGGGCAAGCACGGUCCUACAGCAGGGGCUGGGGUUGGUAGCAUGGCCCUUUUCUGA